ACUGAUUAGUUUUCGGCUUAAUUUUUUUAAAUGUUUGUAUUUAAAUAAAACGAAAUAUUGAAUGUUAUUGUCAGUUAUAGUUUAUUUUACUCGCAGUACGCAGUUAGUAGUUAAGGCGACUCGGAGUAGUUAAUUUCAUACCAGCAGUGUAUCAACUUAUAUUGAGAGUUCAUAAUGAAGUGGUUUUGGACAAGUGUUUUAAUAAUUGUUGCAGUUUUAAAUGCUGCCAAUGCAUACAAAAUCCUCGGAAUCGCUCCGACAAUGGCGAGAUCUCACUUUUUUGUUGGAAGUGCCCUUUUCAAGGGAUUAGCACAGAAAGGUCAUGAUGUGACAGUGAUAUCUCCAUUUCCAUUGAAGAAACCAAUGAAGAACUAUCGUGAUAUAACAACACCAAAUAUAUUGAAGAUCACAAAAGAUUCCGCCCAAAAUGCCAUGAAUAUGCGGGAUAUGAGUAUUGUUGAGGCCUUUUUUUCUAUUUUUGGCCUAGGACUAACCAUCACAAACAGUACUUUACAAGAACCCUCAGUUCAAAAGCUAAUGGCAUCAGGAGAGAAAUUUGACGUUGUAAUUUGUGAAGUUUUCCUUACUGAAGCACUUUUCGGUCUAGCCGAACAUUUCCAAGCACCUUUAAUUGGAUUGGGGACUUUUGGUGCAUCUUUGUGGAAUACGGAUCUCGUUGGCAGUCCUUCUCCACCAUCAUAUGUUCCAAAUACGUUCUUGCCACUUACCGACAGAAUGACACUUGGCGAAAGAAUUUUCAAUUUGGCAGUAACUUCUUUUGAGACUGUUACCCAUUACGCUUACUACAUGCCUAAGCAAAGAGAACUUUUCAACAAAUACUUCCCAAACUCAAAAGCCGGACUUGAUAACAUUCGCAAGGACACUGCUUUGGUUCUAUUGAAUGCUCAUUUUUCUCUUGCCUUCCCACGACCAUAUUUGCCAAAUAUGAUUGAAGUUGGAGGAAUGCACAUCAACCGCAAACGUAAUCCACUUCCUGCGGAAAUGCAAAAAUUCUUAGAUGAAGCUAAGGACGGUGCUAUAUACUUUUCAAUGGGAUCAAAUCUUAAAAGUUCCAUGAUUCCAGCUGAAAAGCGUGAUGCUAUCCUUCAAACAUUUAAGUCUCUUAAGCAAAGAGUCAUGUGGAAAUUCGAAGAUACCAAUCUACCAGGUAAAAGUGACAAUGUCUAUAUUAGUGAUUGGUUCCCACAGGAAGACAUUUUGGCUCAUCCAAAUGUUAAGCUUUUCAUUACUCAUGGAGGUCUCCUGAGUACAUCGGAAGCUAUUUUCUUGGGCAAACCAAUUGUUGGAAUUCCAAUGUUUGGUGAUCAAUUUUUGAAUAUGGCUCGUGCAGAGAUUGGUGGUUAUGGAGUUAUGGUUGAUUACACAACCAUCAGUGAAAAAAGCUUCUCAAAUGCGAUUAAUAAGGUUUUAAAUAAUCCCGAGUACCAAAAGCGUGUAAAUGAUAUGUCGGCGAGAUAUCGUGAUCAGCCUAUGAAUCCUUUGGAUUUGGCCGUGUAUUGGGUGGAAUAUGUUGCCAGACAUAAAGGUGCUCCACAUCUACAUUCAGCCGGACAAGAACUUGGUUUCAUUGCAUACCAUAAUAUUGAUGCUAUGGCAAUUUUGUUUGGCGGAAUUUUCAUUGUGUUUGUAGCUGUUCAUGUGAUUAUCUUUAAAUUGGCUAUUGGAUUCUAUCACUACAAGAAAAAUCAACAAAAAGUCAAAACAAACUGAAAAAUAAAUACAAACUGAUUGUUUGUUAACUUAUCUAUAGAUAAUAGUGCAAAUUUAAUUUUUAGUUAGAAUAAAAGUUAUUGUGUUGCUAAUUAUUUAUUUUAUACAAAAAUGAACAAAAUUUACCAAAUAAUGUAUUAUUUAUUUGCUUAAAUAAAAUUCGUAAAGUAUUUAAAACAAA